UGUGCUUUUAUUCUGGGCGGUUUGUUUGGACUCGAUCGACUGUAGUGUGCGUUGUCGUGAAAGCUGAAAGCUGAACAGAUCGACUGUUUUACUCAAAUUCAAGCUGUCUGUCUAUUUCGGUUACUUUUAAAGGAAGCAUGGACAACACUGCUAAACGUUUACUGCAGCGACUCGUAAGACGGAUUCCGAGUCAGAUGCUGAAGACAACGCUGGAUAAGUGGAGCCGUUUGACGGCGGCGCAGCGGCAGUCCAUGGAUUAUGCCGAAUCAAAAUGGGCGUUAACAGAAAAACUACUUGCCAUUUGCGAGGAAAAUGAAUUGACAGUUAAACACAUAGCUGAACUCGAGAUGAUACAUGUCAUCGAGAAUCCCAACCUGGGCAUGUGGUAUGUCUUCCAGCUCAUGGACCCUCAAGAUGAUGCUCACUCUGUAGAGCUGACACAGUUCAAGGAACAAUUUAAGUCCCACCUCAGUGAGCUAAUAAGACACGUUUCUAUCAAAAUAAAGAAGCACACAGAUGAAGCUGUGUGGAUUCGAAUUGCAUGGGGAGACACCUUUUCUCGCCCCAACCACCUGAAACCCACAUAUGUCGUUCACUAUCUUCAAACCCCUUACGUCUUUCUGACCAGCCCAACUUCAAAACAAAAGCCUCUGUUGUCACAGGCUUUGGUUCUGUCCACCCGAUAUCAAGCUAUUAAGGAUGCUAACCUCAGUGGACGGAAGCUCACUGCCAUCAGAGAUCUGCUUAUGAAGCAGUAUCUGCAAGUGUUUCCCACCAAGUUUCCCAGCCCUCUGGCAGAAAGGAAUUGUGUUGUCUCAAACCUUCACAUAGAAAAAGAGCAAGCUGGGUCUGCAGCAAACAGACAUCAAAUGGCUUGUGAGGCAUUUGGUGAUGGGAUAUUACCUCAACUACAGUCUGCAGUUUACAAGCUGGAAACAAAAUUCAGAGAUCACACCAAUAAGACCAUGACAGAGCGGGAUGAGCCAUUCAAAUGUGUUGUUAAAUUUGCAAGCACCAACCUCCUCGAGUCACUCAGACACUCUGCAUCCUCAGGAGUUACUUCCACCCCUGUGACACCCCUUCUCUCAUCCGUUCCCUUAAAGGGAAAAAAUUAUUUUGUUAUCACAGACAAUGGCCCUGGACCUUCAUCACAAAUGAAGCCAUCACAGAAAUGACCAUCAGACACUUGAUUUAACUUGUAGCAUGCUCAGUCCAUUAGUCCAUUCAUUUUACUUCAUACUUUAAUGAUGUCAUUGUUAAUAAAACUCUCAAGUCUGUUUCAGUAAGAAAUUUUAUUCCUGUAUUUAUGUAUCUCCAGCUGUAGGUAGGUAUACUAGUUGUUGGCAACUCUGUCACUAUUGUUUAUCAGCAUUGCAUAUAAAAGCAAAAUUUUAAAUAUU